UGGAACCCACACUUGGCCCUGUAGACUAAAGCUUCGGCAUUGCCAGGUUCUCCGCAUCCAGGAACGCGAAUGUGAUCAUCGCGACGCAGACGGUUCCUGGCAGCUUGUCACGCUUGUGCCGUUGAAACAGGGUGGAUCUGCAUGCACACCACGCACGUCCUUAGUCCAUCAGACUAUGCCCCCAGAUCCGGGGGCGAGCAACAGAACGCGCGGAGUUCCGCCAAGCGUUCGCGCGCAGCUUCGUACAUCGUUUGCCCAUUGGCAUCUGUGUUUUUGCGGGGUUGGCGGCGGAAAAAUGUCCACCUCGGCUGGCUGGCUGGCGAUGAUGAAGAAGCACCUACCACCGGAUUGCAGACCGUUUCGUCAUCGUCGCCUCCCCUCCCGGUGGAGUCCACAGUGCAGUAAUGUACCAGUAUCAUUAUUAUACCGCUCGACCUCCUGCCCGGUCUGGAAUCGGUUUUUCCAACGGAGCUAUCCAUCGGCCAAAUCAUCUGCCGAGCCGCCGACCGACCUAUGUAAUGAUUUGCAACCCUCGCUCGAUCCAGUGGACAUGUUCACCUCAAGGGCUCUCGAAAUGGAAAUACACAUGUCCGUAUUUGAUGCGAGCCGAGGGAGUGAUCUGCAUCUUGACAGUUGACUACUCUGUUUCCGGCGCCUUUAUGUACGUUGAACCUGGACGAUCACUGCCUGUGACGAUUUUCACACUCCGUGGCGUCUUUCCAGUCAUGGCCGUGACGUCCUGAUCUCCGGUGGAACGGUGGUCCUCUCUCCUCGAGUUGCGUGCCAUGAUUGGCAGACCAGUUGCCACGGAUUUCAUUCUCCAAUAAACUCAUUUACCCGCAUAUCCGCCGUUGCCUCUGCGCUUUGCUCGCAUGAAACAUGGCAGUCCA